AUGGCCUCGGCGGCGCCUGGGGAGCGGCUGCAGCAGGAGGCCAGAUGCCCGGUGUGCCUGGAUUUCCUACAGGACCCGGUCAGCGUCGACUGCGGCCACAGCUUCUGCCUCAGGUGCAUCUCGGAGUUCUGUGAGAAGUCCGAGCGCGCGCAGGGCGACAUCCACACUUGUCCGCAGUGCCGUGCCCCCUUCCGGCCCGCGGGCUUCCGGCCCAACCGGCAGCUGGGCAGCCUAGUGGACAGCGUGCGGCGGCUGAGGCUGGGCGCGGGGUCCGCAGGGGCGCGGCAGUGUCCGCUGCACAGUGAGGACUUGAGCCAUUUCUGCGAGGAGGACCAGGUGGCGUUGUGCCCAGUCUGCGCUACCUCCCUGGAGCACAGGAGCCACCGCACCGCGCCCCUGCAGGAGGCAGCGAGAUGUUACCAGGUACAGCUCCAGAUGGCUCUGGAACUUGUGAAGAAAGAAAUAGAAGCAGUUUUGACUCAGGAGACCAAUAUGGGGAAGAAGAUAGUCAUUUGGAAGGAGAAAGUGGAAAUGCAGAGGCAGUGCUUCAGGUUGGAGUUUGAGAAAUACCGUGGAUUCCUGGCCCAGGAGGAGCAGCUGCAGCUGAAGCAACUGGAGCAGGAAGAGAGGGCCACUUUGCAAAGACUGCGGGAGGGCAGGACCCGGCUGGGCCAGCACAGCAGAGCCCUGCGGGAACUGGCAGAAGAGCUGGAGGACAGGUGCCAGCGCCCAGCUCUGGGUCUCCUGGAGGGUGUGAGAGGAGCCUUGAGCAGAAGUAAGGCAGUCACACGGUUGGAACCAGAGACCAUUCCCAUGGAGGUGAAGACAGCAUGUUGCAUCCCUGGGAUGAGAAAAAUUUUGAAGAGGUUUCAAGUUGAUGUAAAGCUGGACCCCGCCACGGCACAUCCUAGCCUCCUCUUGACUGCUGACCUGCGCAGAGUGCAGGAAGGAGAAGUGUGGAGGGAUGUCCCCAACAACCCCGAGCGAUUUGACACAUGGCCCUGUGUCCUGGGUUUGCAGAGCUUCUCCUCAGGGAGGCACUAUUGGGAGGUGGUUGUGGGAGACAAAGCAGAGUGGGGUUUGGGUGUCUGUCAAGAUGCAGUGCCACGGAAGGGAGAAAGCACACCAUCUCCUGAGAACGGGGUCUGGGCCAUGUGGCUGCUGAAGGGGAAUGAGUACAUGGUCCUUGCUUCUCCCUCCGUGUCUCUUCUCCAGCUGGAAAGGCCUAGGUGCAUUGGGAUUUUCUUGGACUAUGAAGCAGGUGAAAUCUCAUUUUACAAUGUCACAAAUGGCUCUUACAUUUACACAUUUAGCCAACUGUUUUCUGGCUUUCUCCGGCCUUAUUUUUUCAUCUGUGACAUGAUGCCUCUUAUCUUGUCACCUGUGACAGAAGCAGAGUCAGGAAAUAUGGCAUCCCAGGGUCAUUAUGACCCUGCCUCUAGUGUUAGAGAUGAACAUUCCUGA